CUUGGAUUUGCCGGACUUAGGAUGCGGCUCUCCAUGCCUUUAUCAGAUAGCCCCCCGCAACAUCUUAUCCAGGCGGGUACACUAUAGCAGGGAACCUGAAGGGCAUAUAAGAACGCCAGAGGGCAUCCCGUCGACUGUCAACUUCAACGCCAACGACAAAAUGAUCCCACCAACGCAGCUACAUUCUUGGAUACAUCACGACAACCAAGCAGAUAUCAAGAGUCGUUCUUCACGCAAGAGCCAAGUAUUCCGUCAUGUUGCAGCACAUCGAAAACUGGAACGACUGCAACGGACGUGGAAGCUAAGAGCUUCCGCUCUCGACUUGUAUCAGACACUUCAAACGCCUCAAGAACGCCAUGCACAAGCAGUCGAGAAGCAUGCCACCGCCGAGCUCGGUCCAUUGGACACCCUGCCACUACCUGCCACCGAGGAAAUUCGGGGCCUACUCCAGUUCGACCUAGAAUCUAUCGUUCCUGCUCUGUCCCGCUGCCCAAUCCGCAGGGUCUCUCCUACCGCAUAUCUACAAGACGAUGUGGCGGCGUUUGGGUAUUUAGCGAGGACUGCAGCCAUCAAAGCACGCUGUUCAGAUCCUAGGGGUUACAAUCAAGCGCUCAGCUUGAAGGCUGAAGCCAUGCGGCGACUUCGAGAGAGCCUGCCACAAUUGCAAGAGUCGAACAGACUUCCUCGAGCAGUUCUAUCUCUGAUGUUUGCGGAAUCAUGGUGCCGCAAUUAUGAGGCGGCCGAUGUUCACGUCCAAUUGCUGUCAGCCAUCAACGAACACUACGGCCUGGAUCUCAAUGAUCUCAUCAGUGUGCUAUACCAGGAUGUCCAACGUGCAGCAAUGACUCUGACGAGAACGCGCUUCCUGAUGCACGACAAUUCCUGGGCCAGUCUUGAGGGCGAAUUCUUUCACUCUCGAGCUCCGACAAAGAGCCUACACGGUGGCCAAGAAUCGCCCCUCGAAUGGAUCACGACAGAGAUGCGCGGAGCGCUUACUGCUUUGGACGCACUUCAGAGAGACGAGACUCCACAGAGCAGUCGAGAUGCCGCAGCAGUCAAGUGCCUCCACGCCCUGGCAACUCUGCUCGACCAUUAUCACGAUAUCACAGACCAAGUGGAGAAAUACACGGCCCUGGCGGCGGUGUAUCGAAUUCGGCGGGCGGCAGAUAUGGAACGAGUGACUAUUUGUGAAAAGACAAUGUUCGACUCCGGGAGAGUCAUUAUCCCAAGGUUACGUGAGUUGCUAGUGGCCACUUUUGGAGACCCUCCAGCCCUGCGACUAUGGGCGUUGUACGUUGGCACCUUGGCGGAAGACGAUUGGUUCGACCAGGAGUUCAACAACCACAGUAAGAAGAUGGGACUGGGCGGUUCCGGAAUGAUAGAAGGCUUUCUCGCUGGAUUUGAACGUCCGGAGCAGAGCCGAUCAAAUUGGGAAACGGUUUAG